AUGGUUCAUCGUCUGCUCAAAAGAGGAACUAAAGAGUAUCCCAAAACUGGCCUCAAACCCGAAUUUUUGGCUCAAAUGCUGGAGACACAUGGCCCCUCCGUGCCUUGCCUUAUACUUGACGAUAUUUUUGAGCCAUGUAGGCUUUGUGAUAGCGAAAGGGAUCUAUUAUUGGAACGUGUCGGUCCCAAGCUAUGGACCCUGUCCAAGGAAUUGACCCGUGACAGUCUUGCUAAUUCUGGAGAAGAUAUUCAAUUUACGUGGUAUCUCCUAGAAAAGAAUGCUUUUGCAUUAUCUGGACCUAUGGACCGCCGAUUCUUGUGCGAGCAAGCUACGGGUAAUGAUAAUUUUGCCCUGCUCGAAGACUUCUUGAAUGAACUUAGGAUCCCUUCCUUUAAGCACCAGACAAAAGGAAUCGGUGGCUCAUGCAGAUUUGAGGUGAUAUUCCGAGAGGCAGCAAUUAUAGGCAGCGUUGAUGUCUUCAAAUUUCUGCUAGACAGGGGGCAUGUUCUUGACUCGAAUAAUCUAAGUUGGGGGAAUAUUCUUGUUGAAGCUACAAGAUAUAAUCACCUCGAUAUAGUGAACCUCUUUUUGGAUAAUGGCUUUGAUGUCAAUACGCAUUACCGAUUAUCUGGCACGCCGGAGGAUUCUGGGUGGAGGUCGGAUUCGGAAUCAGACGCAGAUCCACCUGGAAACGCAGAAUUAGCCGCAGAUGUGGUAGAUGCUUCGCCAGAAUUUCCGCCCAUACGGCAUGUUACCAUGCUAGAGGCGGCAUUUUUCUUUGUCGGUUGGCCGGCUUGCAUGUUUGAUAUUCCAGAGCAGGAUCCACCGAAGAUAGGGAUGGUCCGGUUACUUCUAGACCGGGGCUGA